AUGGGUGUUAUUCACACCCAGAUUGUUAAAUUAUACAGCUCCAGUCAGGCCUGCUUCUCUUGCCUGUGGAUAUCCAGCAGGAAGCAGGCGGACAUAAGGGAACGCACCUCUUUUCCUUUCUUAGAGGGAAAAAGUUCAAGUGUUUGCUCUACUUUUCCACCGUGGGAGAUACAAAUAUUAGGCUGCUGAGACACGGCUAGGGAAAUAUUGUAUCCUAAACUUUAACUGUUUGUAGCUCAUUUUCUUUGAGUUUCCAUUUAAUGACUCAGCACUUCUCCGGUAAACAGAAAAACUGUAGAGUAGGUUAAUUGACUAGGAGAUAAUGUGUAAGAAUAACUAAGUAGCCACUAAUUUUUUAUGUUAUCGCAAUGGGAAGAGAACGUGGAUGCAAUGAAUGGAACCAGAGAGAUGGUGAACAGGGCCGAAAAUAGUGAAAUCACGUUUCACGGUUAAAAAACUAUUAAGAAGGCAAUAUGGGGACUCCUGGUUCUGGAAGGAAAAGGACACCUGUAAAAGACCGAUUUUCUGCAGAAGAUGAAGCUUUGAGUAACAUUGCCAGAGAGGCAGAGGCAAGGCUGGCAGCAAAACGGGCUGCCCGGGCAGAAGCGAGGGAUAUACGCAUGAGAGAACUGGAGCGACAACAAAAAGAGCACUCUCAUUAUUCCUUUGAUCGGAAAUGGGGACAGAUUCAGAAGUGGCUGGAAGAUUCAGAAAGGGCCAGGUAUUCCAGUCAUCAUCGACCUUAUCUGGGAGUUGAGGAUGCAUUGUCCAUUCGAAGUCUUGGCAGUCACAGGAACCCAUCGAAGGACAUAACUGGGACACACUGGAGCAGAGCCAGUACACCCAAAAGGAAAGACAUCAUGUAUGAUGCUCUCAAGGAUAAAUCAUCAAGACUUUCAUCAUUAAAUCAUUCUUACAGUCAUUCUUAUGGAAUGAAGAGGAGGUCUUCUGGUUCUCAUAAAGACCCACUGAGUGGCCUCUACUUUGACCAGAGAAACUAUAGCAGUCUUAGACAUAGCAAACCCACCUCUGCCUACUACACUCGGUCUUCUUCCCUGUGUAGUGACCCUCUGGCGACCUCAAAGAGUACCAGGGCCUCCUCUACUGCAAAUUCUGGUCUGCUGAGAAGUACCAGCCUGGUGUCAUUGUAUGAUGGUGGAUUAUAUAAACCUUACGGGUCUCGAACUCCAUCUGAAUACAGUUAUUACUCAUCAAGAACAAGUUCGGCCCGAAGCAGUCCUGUGUUUACCGAUGAUGACACUGCAAGCAUUGCAUCUUCUCGUCGUGCCAGUCGUGGGCAAAGGGACAGUGUGGUUUCUACCGCUGAUUAUUUUAGCCGCUCCAAUCGUAGGGGGAGUGUAGUCUCUGAGGUGGAUGACGUCAGUAUCCCCGAUUUGACCAGCUUGGAUGAAAAAUCUGACAAACAGUAUGCUGAAAAUUACACAAGGCCGUCAUCUCGGAAUUCUGCCUCAGCAACGACCCCGCUGAGUGGAAACUCAUCCAGACGAGGGAGCGGAGACACCAGCAGCUUAGUAGAUCCAGACACCUCAUUAAGUGAAUUGCGGGAUAUCUAUGACCUUAAGGACCAGAUACAGGAUGUAGAAGGGAGAUACAUGCAAGGGCUUAAAGAACUAAAGGAGUCUUUAUCCGAAGUGGAAGAAAAAUACAAGAAAGCCAUGGUUUCCAACGCACAGUUAGACAAUGAGAAGAACAAUUUGAUCUACCAGGUAGACACCCUCAAGGAUGUUAUUGAAGAACAGGAGGAACAAAUGGCAGAAUUUUAUAGAGAAAAUGAAGAAAAAUCAAAGGAGUUAGAAAGGCAGAAACAUAUGUGUAGUGUGCUACAGCAUAAGAUGGAUGAACUUAAAGAAGGCCUUCGACAGAGAGAUGAGCUCAUUGAGGAGAAUCAGCGAAUGCAGCAGAAAAUAGACACCGUGACAAAAGAGGUGUUUGACCUCCAGGAGACACUUCUUUGGAAAGAUAAAAACAUUAGGGCCCUAGAGAAACAGAAAGGAUACAUUGCCUGCCUUAGGAAUGAGCGAGAUACGCUCAGAGAGGAGCUGGCUGACCUGAAGGAGACAGUGAAGACAGGAGAGAAACAUGGCUUAGUUAUAAUCCCCGAUGGCACUCCCAAUGGUGAUGUCCGUCAUGAACCAGUGGUUGGAGCCAUCACCGUGGUGUCUCAGGAGGCUGCUCAGGUCUUGGAGUCUGCAGGAGAAGGUCCACUAGAUGUCAGGCUACGAAAACUUGCUGGAGAAAAGGAGGAGCUACUAUCACAGAUCCGGAGGCUGAAGCUGCAGCUGGAGGAGGAGCGGCAGAAGUGCUCCCGGAGCGAGGGCUCGGCAGCUGACGUGGCGGGCCUGCACAACGGCUCCGACCUGCAGUUCAUCGAGAUGCAGAGAGAUGCCAAUAGACAAAUUAGUGAAUACAAAUUUAAGCUUUCAAAGGCAGAACAGGAUAUAACCACGUUGGAGCAGAAUAUCAGCCGGCUGGAGGGCCAGGUGCUGAGGUAUAAGACGGCCGCGGAGAACGCCGAGAAAGUGGAAGACGAACUGAAGGCGGAGAAGAGGAAGCUGCAGCGAGAGUUACGAACGGCACUGGACAAGAUUGAGGAGAUGGAGAUGACCAACAGCCACCUGGCCAAGCGGCUGGAGAAGAUGAAGGCCAACAGAACAGCACUUCUGGCCCAGCAGUAGGAGGCCACCCUCCGGCCCGGGCGCCGCUUCUGGGCCCCCUCCAGGGGGACUGACUUUUUGUCCAUUGACACAGACCCCCUUCAGUACUGUUUGAGUUUUGUCAUUAAAAUAGCCACCUUUGUAUUUUAUAAUUUAUGAGAGAAUGAAACAGGUUUGAAUCUUCAUGAAUGAACACUUUGGAUUUCGUUUGUAGUUUGA